AUGCAAGCAAAACACACACUGCCGCGGUUGCAAAGCCUUAGAAUGACUUUCUCCAGACAAAUGUAUUCGAUUAACCUAUUACGGACAGGUUGGCUGCAUUAUUAUGUUAGCAAUCGGUACUCAGUAGUUCCAGUCACUGGAUUAUCCGAAGCAUCAGUAGCUAGUGACCAGGAAUCUGAAACUAAUUCCAACAAACUUAAAUCCCUCAAUUUCUCCGUGAAUUCAGUUACGUUACUCGGGACUGUCAUCGGAAUAAAAACAUUCCCAAUGCAAAAAACUCCAGAUCGCAACUGGACUCUGAUAUUUUUGAAAACCCAAUCACCCAGAUAUAUAAAUGCUGAAAAUAAAUAUUUAACUGAGACUUCUGAUGCGGAUGAAUAUGAUUUGAAAUUUAAAAUGGUAUGGUACAGUACAUCGAAUAGAGUCCAUGUUUUCAGUCCUAAAUUGGUCUGCGCUCUUAGAGAUGUUAAACUUGGUGAACGUUUACUAGUCACUGGAUUUCUUUCUUAUUAUCAAUCACCUAAACCUGAUGGAACGACUCAAAGAAACUGCUGCGUCACGGCUCAGCGCAUCGCUCAUAUGGGUUGGUCUAGUGAUUAUCAACCCAAAGAUUUAUCACUAUGUGUCUCACAACAUAUAUAUUUUAUCUUCCCAUUAAUGCCAUCACAUCCAUCCAGCAAUCAAAAACUAAACGGUUAA